AUGCCACCGACAGUCAAAGACUAUAUUAAGGGAAGAGCACAUGGUAAAAUAUAUGGAAAGUGUGAACUGGCGCGUGCUCUACUAAACGAAAAUGUUUCUGAUUACGAAUUGGAAAAAUGGGUGUGUAUGGCAGAAUAUGAAUCAAGCUUCAACACGCGUGCCCGUCAUGAGAAUAGGGGAGGGAGCUCGACGGACUAUGGACUAUUUCAGAUUAACAGCAAAUGGAACUGCGACCCCCGUGAUGGUAGAAUUACAUAUAACAAUUGUGGACAUCCCUGCUCAGACUUUCGAGACACUAAUUUGAGUGACGACGUGGAGUGCAUUAACCGACUCAGGAGAGAACACGGCGGAUGGGGUUUCUCGUAUGGUUACAGGGCGCAUUGCCAGGAUAUCCCAAUUGAUUACCUAUGGGGUUGCGACCUUGGUCGGGGAUGGGCGCACCAAGCCUUUUUGUCGUAA